CAAUAUCUCAUUGCAGCUUCCAUCUUGCGCCGUUCACUAGUCUCGACCACUCUUCCUCUACAAACUCCCAUCACUCAAACAAACUCAUCAACACCCUUCCGUACUGGUCACAAUCCUACGAUCCUCAGAUCCGUCUGCCACCCCUCCCUCUCCGACAUCCCCAUCCUCCACCAUCAACCAUGUCUACCCUCGCAGCCUUCCGAGAAUGGGAGGCCCAAAAUAACAUCAUCACCAUCGACCCUACCGAAAAUUCUCUUUACGAUCUCCCUGACUCUGAGGCUUACAGAGCUCUGCAAAAUGCUGCACCAUGGAAAAAAGACCCCAACUAUUUCACCUCAGUCCGCAUUUCCGCCCUCGCUCUACUCAAGAUGACCACACAUGCUCGUUCCGGCGGCAGCAUUGAGAUCAUGGGUUUGAUGAUUGGCUAUAUUUCUGGCAAAUCACUCGUCAUUACCGACGCCUUUAGACUCCCCGUCGAAGGCACAGAGACGAGAGUGAACGCACAGGCUGACGCCGACGAAUACAUGGUCAACUUUGGCAUCGCAGCUCGAGAUCGCGGUGGUCAGUUGGAAAAUGCUGUAGGAUGGUACCAUUCUCAUCCAGGCUACGGCUGCUGGCUCUCUGGGAUUGAUGUCAAUACUCAGAUGACCCAUCAGAUGGUCAAUGAUCCAUUUGUUGCGGUUGUCAUUGAUCCUGACCGCACCGUCUCUGCGGGAAAGGUCGAGAUAGGUGCCUUUAGGACAUAUACCGAGAGCCAGCGUCCCACAAAUAAACAAUUUACUGACGACAGUGACGACUUUCAAGCCAUCCCCACUGGUAAGAUUGAGGACUUUGGAGCUCACGCCAAUUCAUACUAUGCCCUUGAAGUCCAACAUUACAAAUCCACCCUCGACUCUCACCUAUUGGGCCUGCUCUGGAAUAAAUACUGGACCUCCACCAUCUCUCAAUCUCCACUCUUCACCAACCGUGGCUACUCCAACAAGCAGAUUGCCGACCAUGCAGUGAAAAUCCAUGAAGCCGCAAAGAGACAAAAGGCUGGCACCACCAUCAGUCGUCAGCAACCAGAACUCGCCGGCAACGGUGAGACAAAUUUCAAAGUGGUGCGGGAUGGUUCCUUGGAAAAGGUCAUUAGAGGAGGCAGCAAGAUUGCAGGAGAAGAAGCCGCAGGUUUACUGGCAAGCGACGUCAAGAAACAACUGUUCUGGGGGGUAGUCCAAGAAGCAAGAUCAAAGACAGGGCAAUCACAAGCCACCGCAGCGGGCACUAGUGCGUCGGUGAGCAAUGGCGGGUGAUCUGUUGCUUUCACCACAAAAUCAACGAUACUGCACCCGAUCUGAUGACUUGAUACCACCAUCCAUGCACUGGCCAAGGCCAUUGCAUCCCACAGGAUCCUCCAAAAUUGACACCUUUAAAGCAUCUGACCAGCGUCCGCACCCAAAGGAGGACGAGUUGUGCUCAUCAUGUCAUGAUUGACACACUUGAGGCAUCAAGUCAGGUCACGGGAAAUGAUCCUACGCUUUAGGUCAGGCCACUGUCGCGAUGCUGCAACAACCACCACAACUGAAUUGGCGACAUUGUCUUGAAGAUGUGAGUCACGGUGGUCUGCUCAUAUUCUAGAGAGCUUUGAAUCUCAGAUGCAUCACCAUAUUCUCCGCCGUUUAGAAUACGAAGGGGCCACUGCCAUACCAUGCUAUGCCAUACCCAUGAACACAUGUCUUACUUGAAGCAGUUUGCCUCUUCAGUCCGCGUCUGGACUUGGUAACACUCACAGAGCAGUCACCUUGUACUCAAGUGGACGACAUGUCGGUGGCCUGGUUCCAAAACACUUGUCUCGUAUAUCCCCCACUCACAACGCAUUGGUACGGUCGGUGAGGGGUGGGAGAUAUGUGAGGAUGAGAUAUAGACAGAGAUAGAUACCCACAUGCACAAAAUAGACAAGCGGCGAAUCAAUCAAUGUUCAG